AUGGAUGAACAAGAAGAAGCAGUCAUUUUUGGUGUCUGCCUCGUAGAUUUUCAUCAUAAAAGAGGUCCUGAAAUAGAAUAUUGGUGUGGGCUACCCGAGGAUACCCAAAGUGCGGUUCUAUGGCCAAAUUUACCCUUUCAAGCCCUUCCUGAUGGCUCACAUUCUUUUGAAGAGACAUUUACUUAUUUCACACUGCUAUAUGAUGAAAAGAGACAAAUGAGUCCCCCAAAUGGGGCCACUAACUUGAGCGAUGAUAGCAUCAAUGACAGUACGACUUUAUUUGCCAUAUCCUGCUCGAGACAGAUAAAGAGCGAUGAAUUGGUCACUAGAGAUAAAGACGUAACCCGAUCUACUGUGCAGAAAGCAAUCGUAGUUAUCUCGAGGCAACCAAUUUUCGGCCAAAUCAAGGACAAACUUAGUAUAGUGACUAAUGCUUUUUUUUUGCAACAUGAUUUUGGUGAUAGGAAGAUCAUUCAGUCUUUAUAUGAGAACCUGAAGUCCAUUUAUACGCCCACAUCGUUGGGCAAAAACGCUGAGAAUCGUCUGUAUGUCGGGUUGUGUUUGAGGAAAAUACUGCACGACUUCAAAAAAAAUGUUUUGGUCUUGCUGAAGGCGAUCAUGCUUGAAAGAAAAAUUGUAGUUUACGGUAAUGAUGUGGAAGCUUUGUGUAAUCUACAGUUUGCUCUGAUUAGCCUAAUUCCGGACUUAAUGUCAAAUUUGCAAAAUUCUGGAAGUCCUCAACUGUUCCAGGAUGUUUCGCAAAUAAAGGUGGUAGACUCGUUCAAAUCAAGCAAUCGAGAAUCAGUGUUGAGGUUCUUAGGUUUCCCUUUGCCGAUUUUCGAGAAAGGUGGUCUCUUCUCACCUUAUACACCAUUGCAACAGAUGAAUGACAUUAAAUCAGAAUGUACUUUGUUUUUUAUGAUAGGAAGUUCCAACACGUUGCUCGCUGAACAAAAGGAGGAGUUGUGCCAUAUAUUUGUCAAUACAGACAAUUCCACUGUCGAAAUUCUGGACAAGGCUUUAAACCCCGCUCUUCAAUUAUCAGGUCAUGAUAAAAAGUGGAUUGAAUCUAUAUCUGGGAUUGUAUCAGACACGUGGAAUGAAAAUGAUGAUGAAACGCCUAAAAACUCUCAGUUUGAAGGAAGUGAAGAUUUCAUUAGAUGGCAAUUCGAAGAUUAUCUAACAGGGUUACUUUCCAGUGUAAAACUAAGUGAUUAUUUGGAGCUACAUAAAGAGAACGAGCAAGCUCUGAAGACUAUACCCGAAGACAUGCUGAAUUCUAAUCCCUUACAUUUGUUUAAUUUACAUUGGGUUCAAAGUUGGAAAGAAACCCAAAAUUUUCAAAUAUUUAAUUCAAGAACGGAUGAUAGACUAUUCGACUUGUUUCCUCCAAAGCAUAUAUAUAAUGGUGCCGACACAUUAUCUUUAUUACAGCAACGAUUCUUAGCCACAUUUCACAAUUUGAAAAGAAGUGCCAGCAAUACCUCAAGUAAUAAAAAUGGACAUCAGAGUGAAGAGGAUGCUAAAGACCAGGAAAGUGUCAAAUCAAAGGGGUCCGUUUCUCAAACUCCUAUAUAUUCUGACAAAAGUAUAGAAAAAUCAGGAACUAAUCUAUGGAAUUCAUGGAAGGAAUAUUUCAACAAAUCGAAGAAUGCCACUAAUGAUGAUGUUACAGAAUCCACGGAAGAUCUCAAAAAUAGAAAUAAAACAGGAAAUGCUAUACAGAAAGCCAUGAUGGGUUUGGGAUUACAUUAUGAGCCUAAAGGGGUAACUAACGCAGAGAAAGGGGAGGAUGAUCAAGAAGAAGAGAAAAAUAGUGAUUCGAGUGGAAGUGACGGCGAUACUGAUAAUGAUGAAAAUAGCCAAGACACCAGUGACAAUCAUACUGAUGUCACGGAGGCUAAUACUGAAGAUGAAGAGGCCGGUGAAGCCAGUUCAGAGGAUGAAGGGGGAAGUUCUGGUGAAGAUGAAAACGUUGCAGAUAAGCAUACUGAAGAUGGUCAUGGAUAUUCUGAAGAUGAUGGAGCGUAUGAUAAUGAACACGAUAAACAAAAACGCGAGAAAAUCGUUAAAGAGAGAAAUACAAGCAAUUACAUUAAUGGGGAAGCUGGUGUGGAUGAGGCUGAUAUGGUGAAUAGAGCACAGAAUGAAGAAAAGUGA